AUUAAGUAUAAAAUAUCAUUGGUGAUCUUAGAAGCUGAAAGAAAAGUAGGACACUAUUUAAAUUCCAACUCACCUCACAGUCUCCUCUCUACUGCAUCUCCACCAUUUCUCUACAAUCUCCCCAUUCUCCAUUUUCUCUCUCCUCUCUUCCCAUCUGUUGAGAGGACUACAUCUUCAAAAUGUCGGAAUUAGAGGUUCCCUUGCGCCCCAAGAGGAAGAAGACUCUUGUGGACUUCCUUGUUCAGUUCAGAUGGAUUGCUGUCAUAUUUGUUGUCCUUCCAAUCUCUGCCACCAUCUAUUUUUGCCUAUAUCUUGGCGAUGUCUGGUCUGAAUGUAAGUCCUACAAGACUCGCCAAAAAGAACAUGAUGAAAAUGUCAAGAAAGUAGUUAAGCGGCUCAAACAGAGGAAUCCUGCCAAAGAUGGCCUUGUUUGCACAGCCCGAAAACCAUGGAUUGCCGUGGGAAUGAGGAAUGUGGAUUACAAGAGGGCACGCCACUUUGAGGUUGAUCUCUCAGCUUUUAGGAACAUUCUUAAUAUUGACAAAGAGAACAUGAUAGCCAAAGUUGAGCCUUUGGUCAACAUGGGGCAAAUUACUAGAGCGACUGUACCUAUGAAUCUUGCUUUAGCAGUAGUUGCAGAGUUGGAUGAUCUCACUGUGGGUGGCCUUAUUAAUGGCUAUGGGAUAGAAGGAAGCUCCCAUAUUUAUGGCUUAUUCGCUGACACAGUUGUGGCUUAUGAAAUAGUUCUAGCUGAUGGACGGGUUGUUAGAGCCACCAAGGAUAAUGAGUAUUCUGACCUCUUCUAUGCUAUUCCAUGGUCUCAGGGUACUCUAGGAUUUCUUGUGUCAGCUGAAAUUAAGCUUAUUCCAAUAAAAGAAUACAUGAAGUUGACAUACACUCCUGUGAAAGGAAGUUUAAAAGAUAUCGCCCAGGGUUAUAUUGAUUCAUUUGCACCCAAAGAUGGGGAUCAAGACAACCCUGAUAAGGUCCCCGAUUUUGUGGAAGGCAUGGUUUACAAUGCUUCAGAAGGUGUGAUGAUGACGGGACGAUAUGCUUCCAAAGAAGAGGCUAAGAAGAAGGGCAAUGUUAUCAAUAACUGUGGAUGGUGGUGGAAACCUUGGUUCUAUCAGCACGCCCAGACAGCCCUUGACAGAGGGGAGUUUGUAGAGUACAUUCCUACUAGGGAGUAUUAUCACAGGCAUACCAGAUCUUUGUAUUGGGAAGGAAAGCUUAUCAUUCCGUUUGGUGAUCAGUUCUGGUUCAGAUUUCUUCUAGGAUGGUUGAUGCCACCAAAGGUUUCCCUUCUUAAAGCUACUCAAGGUGAGGCCAUUAGAAAUUAUUACCAUGAAAAUCAUGUGAUUCAGGAUAUGCUUAUUCCACUUUACAAGGUUGGUGAUGCUCUUGAAUGGGUUCAUCGUGAAAUGGAGGUCUACCCACUUUGGCUCUGCCCUCACCGACUGUUCAAACUGCCCGUCAAAACCAUGAUAUAUCCUGAACCAGGCUUUGAGCAGCACAAGAGACAAGGUGACACUGAGUACGCUCAGAUGUACACUGAUGUUGGGGUUUACUACGCACCAGGACCCAUUCUCCGUGGUGAAGUAUUUGACGGUGCUGAGGCUGUCCGUAAGAUGGAGAAGUGGUUGAUUGAAAACAACUCUUUCCAGCCACAAUAUGCUGUCUCUGAACUAAAUGAGAAGGACUUUUGGAGGAUGUUUGAUGCCUCCCUCUAUGAGAAGACAAGAAGGAAAUAUGGAGCCGUUGGAACCUUCAUGAGCGUAUAUUACAAGUCCAAGAAGGGACGUAAGAGCGAGAAGGAGGUAGCCGAGGCUGAGAAAGAGCGAGCUGAGGUUGAGACACCAGACGCUGAGACUGAAUAAGUUUCAUUAUUUAGCGUUCAUCUAAAAUUUUCCAGGAUGAUUUAGGAGUUCGGUUUCUUGGUUCACCUUCAAACAUUUGUUUUCCCGUUUCUAAUCGUGCUUGCGCAUUUUGGUUUGUUGUUCUAAAUUUUCUAAGUGGCUAGACUUGUGUUUGAACUAUUAGUUUUUUCGUAGUAAAAAUAGUUGUUGGACGAA